AUGCUCAAAAAGAGAAAAGGCCUGUUGGCCACUAAGCGCCAGAUCACGCUCAAGCCGCUGCGGGCGCGACAGCUGAUUCGUCGGUUUCAUGUUUUGCUGAAAAAUAAAACCCAAUUGGCCAAGUUUCUGGAACACCACUGGAAAUGCACGGUUGACCAGCGGGACGUUGCAAAAAGCAUCAGAUCGCACGAUCCAAAGCUGCUGGCAGCUUACGAGGAAAACAAAAUACACAUCCAGAAGGUCUUGGUGGUCAACAAGACUCCCUCCUCCGAAAUACUCACUGCCAAAGGCUUAUCAGUUGAACAGGUGUGUUCGGAGCUGGGCAAGAUUGACGGUGAAAUAGAGAAACGCGGCGGGCUCGAGACGUACCAGGCAGCAUCUACACAGGGCCAGAGCUUGCAAAGAGGUGGCGAUUCCUCGAAAAAGCUCGUUCAGUGGCUAAAAGAGCUGGGAUACAGUAAAGAGAACGCUGUUGCGCUGGAGAUCGGCUGCCUGCACUCGCGAAACGCCAUUUCCACGUGUGGACUGUUCAAAGAAGUGGUCAAGAUUGAUCUCCAUUCGCAGGAGCCCGAGAUCAUCGAACAGGACUUUAUGCAGCGGCCGUUACCAAAAAGCUCUUCGGACAAGUUUGACCUGAUCUCGUGCUCUUUGGUGGUCAACUUUGUGCCUGAUGCGGACGUGCGAGGCGAGAUGAUGGUGAGGAUAACCCAGUUUCUUAAAGACCCGGCCACGAAGCCGUAUUUAUUUUUCGUGCUACCAUUACCGUGUAUCACGAACUCGCGCUAUUUCGACAACGCGCGGCUCUCUGAAUUGACGGAGUCGCUUGGAUUCGAGUGUGUGAAACACCACGAGUCACACAAGCUCGCUUAUUACCUGUACAAAAGGACCGGUGUUGGUCAAAAGAAAAUCAAGCUACCGAAAAAAGAGCUCCACAAAGGAGCUAAUAGAAACAACUUUUGUAUUGUCAUGCGCUAA